AUGGCUAGAAAUCAAAUUAGAAUCAUUGUGGGCUCCUAUGAGCACAACAUUUUAUGUCUUUCAUUAGAUCUAUCGUUAUCGACACCAAUCUUUACGCCAAUCUUCCAUUUCCAAGCACAUACGCUAAGUGUUAAAUGUAUGGACGUUAGUAAUAGAUACUUAAUAUCAGGGUCUCACGAUGAGCAUAUUAGAAUCUACGAUUUACAAAAGAGAAAAGAAUUGGGGACAUUGCUCUCACAUCAGGGUUCCAUUACCAGUUUGAAAUUCUCAAGAAAAGUUAUCAAUAGUAAUAAUGAAGAUGAGACUCAGCUAGCAAAACCUGGUGCUGAAGGUAAGAGCAAAUGGUUGUUCUCCACUGCUGAAGAUCAUAAAAUCCUCAUAUGGAGAGUUAAAGAUUGGGAAGACUUCGGUGUUCUUCGUGGUCAUACUGCCAGAGUAAACGAUAUAGACAUUCAUCCAUCUAAUAGAAUUGCUGUUAGUGUAAGUGAGGACCAUACUGUUCGUCUUUGGAAUUUAAUGACCAUAAAGAAGGCUGCAGUUUUGAAAUUAAGAGGUUAUCCUCAGAAUGGUCAAUUUGUUAGAUGGGUUGGUUCUGAAGGCAAAUAUUUUGCAGUAGCGUUAUUGAACAAGGUAUUACUCUACGACUCUUCUACUGCUAAAGUUUCUCAAGAGAUUGACGUAGGCAAAAGAACAAUUAUGCAUUUAGAAACGAUGAGAUGGGAAGGUCAAGAUUACAUUGUUGUUGGAUUGAGUAAUGGAGCUGUUGCAUUUUACACAUUGGAUUCAGUAUUAAAUUCCGAGGAAAAAGAGCCUGAAUUUUCAUUACAGGGACAUGCAAAUCGUGUCAAAGAUUUCAAGCCAUUUACCAAUGAGUUUGGUACUUACUUCAUUGCCAUUGGAUCUGACGGUAAAAUCGUUGUGUGGGAUCUCAAGAGCAAAGAACAGUUAGCAAUUUUUGAUUCUGGUGAAAGGUUGAACUGUCUUGCUGUAUGUAAUGAAUCUGUGGAAAAGGAAAGCACCAUGAAGAAACGUGAUGCUACUACUGCUGAAAUCGAUGAACAGAGUGAAGCUGAGGGAGAUGAAGAAGAACUGAAAAAAGUACUAUUUGGUGAAAAGAAAGGUAAGAAGAAGAGCAAGAAAGCCAAGAAACACGGAAAAAAGAAGGUUUCAGUACACCUUGAAUAG